ACGGUGUCCGUGUGCGGAAGUGACGCCAGCGGCACUGGCCGGAAGUACGAAGAUGGCGUACCAGAGCCUUCAGCAGGAGUACCUGCAGAUCCCGCUGGUGACCCGGGCUUAUACCACGGCCUGUGUGCUCACCACCGCCGCUGUGCAAUUAGAAAUAAUCACACCAUUUCAGCUGUACCUCAAUCCAGAGUUAAUAUUCAAACAUUAUCAAGUUUGGCGAUUAAUUACAAAUUUCCUGUUUUUUGGUACAGUGGGAUUUAAUUUUUUGUUUAAUAUGAUCUUUCUAUACCGGUACUGUCGCAUGCUAGAGGAAGGAUCAUUCAGGGGCCGCACUGCAGAUUUUGUCUUUAUGUUUCUUUUUGGUGGCUUUUUGAUGACCGUUUUUGGCUCGUUUGUCAAUCUGGUGUUCCUGGGACAAGCUUUCACCAUUAUGUUAGUGUACAUUUGGAGCAGAAGGAACCCUUAUGUCAGGAUGAACUUUUUUGGACUCCUUAAUUUUCAGGCUCCGUUCCUGCCUUGGGUACUAAUGGGAUUCUCAUUAUUACUUGGCAAUGCAAUCAUAGUGGAUUUGCUAGGAAUUGCUGUGGGCCACAUAUAUUACUUUUUGGAAGAUGUAUUUCCAAACCAACCAGGUGGGGGACGGCUACUUAGGACUCCGAGCAUUUUGAAAGCUAUUUUUGACAUUCCUGAAGAAGAUCCCAACUACAAUCCAUUGCCUGAGGAUCGACCUGGGGGCUUCAACUGGGGUGAGGGGCAGUGACUUGGAGGCUAGCCAUGAACAACUGCUAGCCACACACACUCUUUGGAACCUCAGAGGACAGAUUUGUUCUCAUUUGCCUCCCUACUGCUUGCCGUGACCUUGGUUCAUUACAAAGAAUACAAUCUUACAGAUUGCCAAUGACCCACCAACCAGCAAGCACCUCCUGCGAAAUGGAUAAUUGCCUUUCCUGAUGGCCAAUGGUGCCUAUGCCUGUUAUACUGGAAUAGCUGAUAGUUUCCAUAAGGUCUACUCAAUGGAACUGGACAUCUGCGAUUUACAUUAAUUGUUUCACAGAAGAUCAAAUAUCUGAGGUUACAGUCAUAAGUGUGGCCAUAAUUUUUAUAACUUUUUUUAUGAACAGUGGCUGACUGGUUUCAGAAGUGUAAGUAUUAUUUGACAAUGAAAUUGGAACCCGACUAUCAAACUUUCUCUGAUUCUUGACAUUAAAUUACUGAGCAAAAAGCGAACAGAUGGAGCUUUUGAUCUGUGUUAACAUAGUCCUCUGUUAAUACAGUUUAUUUAGACCAAGUUUACUCCACCUCUGCAGUCAGUAUACUUUAGAGAAUACUUAAACCCUUAGAGAAACUGAAACCCUUGCGGCAUAAUCCUGCACUUACGUGAUUUGGGCAGCGCAAGAUUGUUAGCGUCGUUAAAUAGGCUAAUCCACAGAUGAGUUUUAACUUGAUAUGUGAGGCUGCUUUUAGGUAAUUGCCCACUGGUGGUCUGAGGAUAUCUGCAUAUCCAUAUUGCCAGCAGUUGGCGGUAUUUCCAGUUGAGAGAGAAUGAUGUGAGUUCAAACCUCCCUCCAGAAAUCUGAAGAUGAAAGUAUAUACUGAUAUUUCUAAGCAAUAUUAGGGGAAUAUAACACUGGAAAGCUCUGUCUCUAAAAUGAGACAUUAAAAUGUCUGUCUUUUCAAGCAGAGGUGUAAAAUUGCAAAGAAGUUCAGGGUCUUAUUCCCCCAAUUGACUUUGUUAGGCAGAUGUAGGGAUCAUUUAUCAUUCUGCCAUUAACGAAGGUUGUUGUGCUCAAAUUUCGAAGUAAUGAAGUUCUAUAAUGUCCUGUUUUAGUUAACUCACCCUCUGCUGCAUCAAUUACCUUGCUAGGUUGAUGGCCUCACACUGCAUAUGAAAAGUACUAGACAGUGCGCUGGUAAGGGUGAAGAAUGUAUAAAAUGCCAGGUCAGAUGCUGACUUCCAUUCAUUUCUUGCACUUGUACAUUAAUUAGCAGCAUCCAAGUGUAAAAGAAUAUCUGGAACAAACUGCUUAUAAAUAUGCUUAAUUCAUUCUGGUGUGAUUGUAUUAAACAUUCAUGCUUCAGUUUGGCCAUUAAGGUCAUAGCUUGUUAUUUAUAAUUUCCUACAUAGAUUUUAGCUGACUAGCUCCUUGUGUGAGGUUCCCAACCUCCUUGAAUCUGAGCAAGCCUUUAGUUUCUUGGGUCAUGGAAAACAUAGUAGAAAAUGUCAUGGGCAAUAGGAUGGUUUAUGUCAGAGGAACUGGAACUUUGCAGUAGUGCGACACUGUGUUCAUUUGCUGAAAGGGUCACCUCUGGUGAUGCAACGCAGGUGGAAUGAUUCUGGGGAUUGGUUGGAAAGAUUGCAAGCUGGCAAAAAGCUUUCUCACCAAGUGUACUGCACUGAGAGCUGUUCUCCACGGCUGUACUCACAUCCAGGGCUGUGGUCCCACUCCAGAAGUUUGAAAUUGCAGGCCAGAUUGCCAUCAGCGAAGUAGCAGGGGACAGCAGCACUGUUGAUAGAGCAAUCCUAUCAUAGCAUGAUUUGCGCUCUCAGAUGAACGUAAAGGUCUGUGCGUUACUUUAAAGGUGAAGAGAGAUGAAUAUUUAUACCCUUGUUAUCAUCAAGAGCAGUCUGUAUCUUUGUUAAUCUGACUGCUGUUCUGAAUCUCUGACUGAAUGAGAAAUAUAUUAGCUGCCUCUUUGCUGCGGGCAGGUUGAGAGGAUGUGGAUUGGCAGUCUAUAAUGCAAGUUCAUACCAGUCUGACCCUGGUACUCUGUCAAGGUGAGUGAAUUAAGGUCCUGUCAAUGUAGGUCCCAACAGCUACUGAGGCAGAACAAGUGUUUACCGUUGGGAAUAUCCCUUAAAUUCACAAUGGAAGCUCAGCUGGUUCAUUGUCAACUGGCCUUGGCAUUUGGUCUGAUUCAUGAAGGGUUCAGCAUUCCCACUACAGCUUCAGUUCGCAGGGUCACAGGUUGCCAGUGACUGCAUCCUCAUUAAAACUGAGACCUCCGUUUUAUCUGAUUGUAAUCCUAAUUUUAUGUAGCUAGUGAGCUAAGAUUUAAUCAGAUGGUCUUACUGUUUCUUUUCCCUUUAUUGUUGGUAGUGUGAAAUCCUUCCUGAUCACUGAGUUUCGAUGUGAUUGAUCGGUGAGCAGGGAAGCAGGUUCAGGCUGCUGCUGCUCUGCUUUCUGAUUUCAGCACCCAGCCUGGGUCGUGGUUUGUAUGCAUCGACCAGGCUCAGCUGGUCAGUACAGUCAGCUGCCUGAUUAAUGGCCCGUACCCACUGCACUUGUACCUCAUCAUUCUGUCCCUGGCUACCUCAUGAAGCUGAACAAGGGUACUGUCUGAACUGCUUGGAGACUGGAUCUGGCCACCUGUAUCACUGAGCCUCACACCUAUGGAGGUGACAGCUAGAUGUGGGCAUCACAUGGAGCUGCAGCUGCAGCUACCCCAUGGAUCUGGAAGCAUCCCUUAUUUCUGGCACCCUUGGGCCCGCCCCACAGAUUAGUAUGAAAGAUUGAAUCCUUUCAAUCGGUUUAUUAUUGUAUCAAAUCUAUGUCAAGCAAAGUACUUAGAUAUUUUUAAUCAUACUAUGUGAUUCCCAUAUGCAGAAUAUUGUGAAGCUGUUGGGUGUAUAUCUGGUUCCAUUUACAGCAUGUUAACUGAUUAUUUAAAAAACCUACACUUUGUAACUUGUUUCUUGUUCAACCUUUUAGUGAUGUUUGACAAGAGUUUCACCUUUUUAUUCUAUGCUCAUCUCCAAUUUAUGGAAAACCUUGUGAUAAAAAUUAAAUUAUU